GACUAAGCCUGGGCUUAGGCACUAGUGGUAAUCUUUGUCAAGCUAGACAGGGACCUCUCAGGCGCGCGGCAUGGAGGCCAUGGACGUCAAGCACGCCCCGGCCAUGUUCCCCGGAAACGGGUCUGUGAAGAGGGCGCGGCAGGCGGCAGCGGCGGUCGGAGUGGGCGCCGUGGUGGUGGUGCCCAGCUACCGGGAGUGCCUCCGGAACCACGCGGCGUGCAUGGGCGCGCACGCCGUGGACGGCUGCGGGGAGUUCUUGCCGGCGCCGCAGCUCAACCCCGCUGACCCGGCCUCCUUCACGUGCGUCGCCUGCGGCUGCCACCGCAACUUCCACCGCCGCGUGAUGGUGGAGGAGGAGGAGCAGGCGCCGCCGGCGCCGGCGCAGCAACAGGUGGCGCGGCUGCCGGCGCCGCCCGUGGCGGGGGGCGUUGUGCAGGUGCAGCACGGCCCGCCGCGGCGCGCGGAGGAGACGCCCGAGGUCCGGCUCCCGGCCGCCGACGGCGACGACGACGACGACUCUGAGUCCGACUCCGACGGCUCGGGGUCCGGGUACGACGACGAGCGGUCCGUCUCCCCGCCGCAGCUGCUGCAGGCUCAGCCGGCGCGCGUGCCGGCGCCGGUGUCGCAGCAGCCUCCGGCCUACUUCUCCCCGCCGCCGCAGCUGCAUCAGCAGCCGCCGCACAUGCUGCUGUCCCUGAACUCCAGCGCGCCGCCGCCCGGGGCGGCGCAUGCGCAGGGGCAGAGGCUCCCCGUCCAGGCCUCGCCGGCGACCGCCCCGCCGGCCCACGUGGGGGGCGCGGCGGCUCGGAAGCGGUUCCGCACCAAGUUCACCGCGCAGCAGAAGCAGCGGAUGCAGGAGCUGUCGGAGCGUCUCGGGUGGCGCCUGCAGAAGCGCGACGAGGCCAUCGUGGACGAGUGGUGCCGCGACAUCGGGGUGAGCAAGGGCGUGUUCAAGGUGUGGAUGCACAACAACAAGCACAACUACCUGGGCGGCCACAGCGCCCGCCGCAGCGCCUCCGCGACCGCCGCGUCCUCCGCCGCCACCACCCCGACCGCCCCCGCCGCGGCCGGGCCAUUCCACCACGUCGCGCCCGCCCAAGGCGCGCAGGCGCCGCCGCCGCCAGCGCCAUUCGCCCCGUCCGUCACCCACAGCUCCCCCGCCCCCACCGCCAGCGGCUUCAACAUGAACGGCACCGCCACCUCCGCCGUCACCCCCGCCCCCGUCUACACCGCCGUCCACCAAGUGAACGGAACCUCGUCGCCGCAGUCCGCCUAA